UUGCAUAUAUGCACGUAACAUCGGAUUCCUUUAUAAUGAUUAUGCUUAAUCGACAGAAGUGGAAGUAAUACAUGUUAUAUAAAAAAGAGAAUACUUGGAUUUUUCUUUUCCUUUCGAAUCUACGUAUAUGACAUUGAUAUAAAAAAUGUGAUGAAUUCUUUUUCAAUUCGGUAAAAGAGUAGCGACAAAAAAGGAUCGCAUAUGUGUGUGUGUGUGUGUAUACGCAUGCACGCACACCGUCGUAUAUGGGACAUACCACAAAGGAAGAAUUUUGGAGGCUUGCUUGCGUAAUAUAUUGUGAAAUUCGAUUUAAGCGUAUUAGUGGUAGUAGCGGUAGUAACCCAGCUAGCAUGCCGAGGAUAUGUGCGUUAUGAUUGGCUUAUUGAUGUCUGAUGACUCUGCGAAUACAUGAUUAUUAUGUGCUGUGUUAGUUGGACAUUCGUCAGACAUAGGUAUAUAUGGCCACUUGUUGCUGCUUAUUAUCCUUCUGAAGAAUAUUUUCGUUAAUUAAUUUUUGAAAAAAAAUGACGCAACCCACUGCAGAUAUCGCAUUAAUCGGCUUAGCCGUUAUGGGACAAAAUCUUAUAUUGAAUAUGAAUGAUCAUGGCUUUGUCGUUUGUGCCUACAAUCGUACGACGGAUAAGGUAAAAGCAUUUCUUGAGAAUGAAGCUAAGGGCACAAAAAUCAUUGGUGCAUUUACUUUGCAAGAAAUGGUUAGUAAACUUAAGUCUCCAAGAAGAGUAAUGUUAUUAGUUAAAGCUGGUUCCGCCGUAGAUGCAUUUAUCGAGCAGCUUGUGCCCUUGUUAUCUCCCGGAGAUAUUAUCAUUGACGGUGGCAAUUCCGAAUAUCAAGAUACUGAAAGAAGAACGAUAUAUUUAGAGAAAAAGGGAAUACAUUUUGUUGGAAGUGGAGUAAGCGGAGGAGAAGAUGGAGCACGAUAUGGGCCCUCCUUAAUGCCCGGUGGUAAUCCUAAAGCUUGGCCGCAUAUCAAGGAAAUCUUUCAAGCGAUAUGCGCUAAGGCUGACGGGGAGCCCUGUUGCGAUUGGGUAGGUGAAACCGGUGCGGGACACUUUGUAAAAAUGGUACAUAAUGGCAUCGAGUAUGGUGACAUGCAACUUAUUUGCGAAGCCUAUCAUAUCAUGAGAGAUGGUUUACAAUUGAAUCAAAAAGAAAUGAGCGAGGUUUUUAAUGAAUGGAACAAAGGGGAAUUGGAUUCAUUUCUUAUUGAAAUAACUAGAGAUAUUCUUAAAUACAAGGACGGGAAGGGCUAUUUGUUGGAACGUAUAAGGGAUACGGCGGGACAAAAAGGAACCGGUAAAUGGACGGCUAUAGCGGCAUUGGACUACGGUAUACCUGUCACAUUAAUCGGAGAGUCAGUUUUUGCAAGAUGCCUUUCCUCCCUGAAAAAUGAAAGAUUAGAAGCUAGCAAGGUGUUGGAAGGACCCGAUGAUAGUUUGUACCAAGGCGACAGAAAAGAAUUCCUGGAACAUUUACGAAAAGCUUUAUACGCGUCGAAAAUAAUAUCUUAUGCGCAAGGCUUCAUGUUACUGAGAGAUGCUGCACGGGUUCACAAGUGGAACUUGAAUUACGGCGGUAUAGCGCUUAUGUGGAGGGGUGGAUGUAUUAUAAGAAGUGCAUUUUUGGGAAAUAUAAAAUUGGCUUUUGAUAAAAAUCCGAAACUUAGCAAUUUACUGUUGGACGACUUCUUUGCCAGAGCAAUGAAGGAAUGCCAGAAGAGCAUUAGAUUCGUCGUUUCUAAUGCCGUGACCCUUGGAAUACCAAGUCCUGCAUUAUCAACGGCAUUGGCAUUUUAUGACGGCUUUAGAACUGCUCGGCUCCCAGCGAAUUUACUUCAAGCGCAAAGAGAUUAUUUUGGAGCACAUACGUAUGAAUUAAUCGGUCAAGAAGGUCAAUUUGUACACACAAACUGGACCGGUCAUGGAGGAAACGUAUCCGCUUCGACGUACGACGCUUGAUGAUGUGUCUCGAAGAGAGAGAUAUAAAAAUAAAGAAAAAAAAAAAAAAACGAUAAAGAAGCAAGUGUUGUGCAGGUUAAUAAUAACGCCUUUCGUUGAUAAUAUCGGAAGCAAAACUUUUGCUUUAGGCCGAUCAUAAAAGGUGUUUCUCUUUGAUAAAUAUUUAAUAUUAAAAUUUUAUUGCUUCCUAAAUGAUAGAUAUAAGCGUUUAGUUAUACGAACGUGGAAGAUGCCUCUGCGGACUAAUGUUAUUUUUCUACAUCUUAUUGUACGCGGCUGUCUUAACGAAAACAUAAAUAUAUUUGUGAAAAUGAAAAAAUACAAUAAUUUGAUCAACUCUUUUGUAGGGAUUUAUAAUCGCGUAAAUCGUAAGAUUUUACACCGAGUCGCGAGUGAAACUUUUCUUUGUACAACAAGUAAUAUGGCAAGUAGAAGGAUGAGAAUUGUAUUAGGCGCCAAUUUCUUUUACGUUACGUUUACAUUUAGCCGAAAAAAUUCGUGGCUUCGUUCCCGAUGAAACGGAGAACGUUCGAUGGAGAAAUAUUAUAUAUUCAAUGGGAAUUCGAUCGAAUGAGAAAAGGCUUAUAUAAGAAAUUUAUCCAAUAUCUGUUUAUAUGAUUGGCGCGAGGAAAGUAUUUUUGUCAGUAGCGAAGCGCCAAUCACAAAGACCGCCGUACGAGGAAGAGACAUUCUGAGACUGGCGGUCACGUCUAAGGACAAACGAACCUAAGAGUCUAUAUUUGUAAUUGUUUUUCUUAUAAACAUUUCGCCAUUUUGUUUCUCAA